CGGAGGGGAGAGGAGAGGAAAGGAAAGCGAAGCAAAAAAAAAGGGGGCGGGUGUGCGGGCGGGCGGUCGCUUGGCGGCGCGGAGCAGAGCAGACCAGGCCCGGAGCCCCCCUCACACACACACACACACACAGCGCGGCUCCCGCCGCCUCGGGCGCAGCAGGCAGUGCGCGCAUGGCCCCGAAGCAGCAGCUGGAGAAGGCGGCCUGGCAGUGGGCGGAGAGCGUGAGGCCGGAGGAGGUGAGGCGGGAGCACAUCGAGUUGGCGUACCGGGUCCUGCUCGGCUCCUGCCGCAGAGACGCUCGCAGACGGAACUGCAGAGGAAACCCAAAUUGCUUAGUUGGUCUUGGUGAGCACGUGUGGCUAGGAGAAAUCGAUGAGAAUAGCUUCCACAACAUCGAUGAUCCCAACUCAGAAAGGAGAUGCAAGAAUACCUUUGUAGGACUGACAAACCUUGGGGCUACUUGCUACGUCAACACUUUGCUACAGGUUUGGUUCCAUAACCUUGAGUUGAGACAAGCACUAUACCUCUGCCAUAGCCCUCGCAAGGAGAUGGGGACCGGAGAAAGGAUUGAAGACGAUGCAGACUUCGAACCACAGUCUGUCUGUGAGCACCUUCAGUAUUUAUUUGCUUUGCUACAGAGUAGUAAUCGGCGCUAUAUUGAUCCUUCUGGCUUUGUCAAAGCAUUGGGUUUGGAUACAGGACAGCAACAGGAUGCUCAGGAGUUCUCCAAGCUUUUUAUGUCACUGCUGGAAGAUACCCUUUCGAAACAGAACAAUCCUGAUGUACAGAAUAUUAUUCAGCAACAGUUUUGCGGACAGUACGCCUACGUGACAGUAUGUAAUCAAUGUGGCUGGGAGUCUAAGUUGUUAUCCCGAUUUUAUGAGCUGGAAUUAAAUAUUCAAGGACACAAACAACUAACAGAUUGCAUUGAAGAAUUUCUGAAGGAAGAAAAACUUGAAGGAGAUAACAGGUAUUUUUGUGAUAAAUGUCAGGACAAGCAGAAUGCCACCAGAAAAAUUAAAUUGCUUAACCUUCCACGCACUCUCAAUCUGCAACUAUUGAGGUUCGUCUUUGACAGGCAAACUGGUCACAAGAAAAAACUGAACUCUUACAUCAGCUUUCCUGAAGUUUUAGACCUAAGUCCAUACCUUGAAAGGAAAGAUGUCAGCACUGUUUAUGAACUGAGCGCAGUGCUGAUCCAUAGAGGAGUGAGCGCCUACUCUGGCCAUUAUAUUGCACACGUACGAGAUGACCGGACCGGCGACUGGUACAAAUUUAACGAUGAGGAGAUCGAGAAGAUGGAAGGGAAGAAGCUCCAGUUGGGGAUAGAAGAAGAUCUUGCAGAGCCUUCGAAGUCGCAGACACGAAAACCCAAAUGUGUUAAAGGCGUUCAUUGUUCGAGGAAUGCUUACAUGCUGGUGUACAGGAGGAAAGGCGAAAUGAGCAAAGAGAAGGAUAUUAGUGUUCAGCUCCCAGCACAUUUACAGAAAAUGGUUGAACGCGACAACAAAAAGUUUGAGGAGUGGUGCAUGGAAAUGGCUGAGAUGCGGAAGCAGAGUGUGGACAAAGGCAAGGCCAAGCAUGAGGAGGUGCAAGAGCUCUUUAACAUGUUACCAGCUAAAGAAGACGAGCUGUAUGAGUUUGUACCUGUGGACUGGCUACGGAAAUGGCUGGAUGACUCCGCAGUAACCAAACCGAUUGACAAUUCUUGCAAUCUGUGUGCACAUGGAGGCCUGAAUCCUGAUAAAAUCUGCGAUGUCAAACGUAUCUCCCAGAAAGCAGCAGACAUCUUCUACGCGAGAUACGGGGGAGGUCCCAGAUUAGACGCUUCUGCUCUCUGCGCAGACUGUGUAAUGGAGAAGUGUCGGAUUCUUAGGUUGAAGAACCAAUUAAAUGAAGAUUACAAAAUAAUUUCUAAUCUAACAAGGACCACAUUACAAAGCCUUGAAGGAUACUGGGUUGGAAAAACUUCACUCCGAAGCUGGCGCCAACUGGCUUUAGACCAGCUGGAUGGGAAGGAUGACGAUUCAGACCUCGCUGAUGGGAAGAGCAAUGGGGAAGGUCUCAACAACCUACAUGCCAAAGGAGAUGAUGAGAUGACUGGGGAAAAAGACAAUGAAGACAUGAACUUCAAUGAAGACCUUGUUUGUCCACACGGGGACUUAUGCACCUCCGAAACUGAAAGGCGACUUGUGUCUGAGGAAACCUGGAAGCGACUAAAGGCUUACUUCCCAAAGUCACCUGAAUUUGCACACUAUCACUCGCCUUGUGUACAGUGUCAGGUAUUAGAGAAGGAGGGUGAGGAGAACGAAACUCUGAGCAAGAUGAUGGCGAACGAGCAGAAGUCGGCACUGCUCUGUCUCUUUCAGGAGAAGAACCGACCAAUACUCAUCAAGUGGCCUGAGGAGACUGAUGUUCUCUACAUUGUUUCACAAUUUUUUGUUGAAGAAUGGAAGAAGUUUAUCAGGAAGCCGACGAAAUGCAGUCCUGUAUCAUCAGUGGGCAACAAUGCGCUGCUUUGUCCUCACGGAGGCCUCAUGUUCACAGCCGAGUCCAUGACGAAGGAGGAUUCUAAACAUGUAGCUCUUAUCUGGCCAAAUGAAUGGGAAAUCCUCCACAAAUUAUUUGUUGUCGAUAAUACAAUUAAAGUUAUGCGAAAGACCAGCAUUGCAGAGACGGGCUCUGUACAGGUGGAAUACAGCACCAGUCCUGGGCUGUGUGUGGAGUGUCGAGAGGGCUUGUUGUGCCAGCAGCAGCGAGACCUCAGAGAGUACACCCAAGCCACCAUAUACAUCCGUAAAGUUGUGGACAAUAUCAAGGUUAUGAAAGAAGGUGCACCAGAGCUAAACAUGAGUGGUUCUGAGGCCGAGGAGGAGAGGGAAGAAUUCAAGAUAGAAGGAGAGAAAGAUCCUGACUUUAACCAGAGUAAUGGAGCCAAACGGCGUAAACUGGCACAUCUGUGUAUUGGCAACACACACAGCAGCGUACACUAUAAACCUGGCAUUCGCCGCAGUACACGCCACAGAGUGCGGGGAGAGAAGGAGCUUCUGGUGUCCGCCAAUCAAACAUUGAAAGAGCUAAAAAUACAGAUUAUGCACGCAUUUUCCGUUGCUCCAUUUGAUCAGAAUUUGUCACUGGAGGGCCGAAUGCUGACUGACGACACUGCAACACUUGGAAAUCUGGGUAUAAUUCCUGAAUCUGUCAUCCUCUUAAAGGCGGACGAACCAAUUGCUGAUUAUACCGCAAUGGACGAUAUAAUGCAAGUAUGUAUGCCUGAAGAGGGUUUUAAGGGUACUGGUCUGUUGGGCCAUUGAAACACAGAUGCUGCAGACAGCUGUGUGAGGGUUGCACAGUGAAGACGAACAGCAGAAGCAAAGUCAUUUAAAGAUUGCACCAGGCACACAGGGACGCUCAGUGACUUGGUUUCUCUCUUUAACAAAGGACCAAUCUGAAAGCUUGCCUUCCAGUGCCGGAGUGCCUGACCAAGGUUUGAGUUCAAUUCAUGGAGCAAUAGUCAAGGUACUGGUCAUGGAUUUUUUUUAUGUAAAAAAAGAUCCCUUUUGAUGCUGCCUCACAAACAGUGGUGACUAGAAAAUCCAUUUGCGUGAGGGGAGAAAAAACUCUUCAGUUUCACUGUCUAAUUAUCCAAUGUUUGGAAGCCAAAAAUGAUAUCUCAGUGGCAUUUCUGUCCAAGUGGUUUGAUGUAAAUUGGAUGUAGUUACCUUGUUGGCACUUAUAAUUGUGGCUACCUUGUUGCCAACUGGCCAAUAAUUUAACCAUAUUUGUGUGUAUGAUCCAGCUCUGGGCUGAAGAUGUCUUCUGUCUGGAUUGAGACAUGGAAUUAACCUCCGUGUUGUGUAACAUUGGGUUGUAUAAUCAGUUUCUGGAUUAACAAUUUCCCGCAACGUCUCUCAAAAUGUCGAAUAUGCAAGAACCGGAUGAAGAGGUUUAACGUUCCACGAACAUCUGAAGAAGCUGCUUAGAUCAGCUUGUUCCAUGUGACUUAUAAGCUGUGUACACAGUGAAAUAGUUGCCUGCUUUAUUACACUAGAAAUGUUUCCUGAUCUGUUCAUGUAGUACUGUAUUAGGAACACUAAGUGCUGUAAAUAUAUGCAAUGCUUUUUGAUUUAAUACAUUUUACUGUUUUCUGUU